AGGGUAAAAAUUUAUCCAUUUUAUACAAUUUUUGCUGUUUCUGGUCUCGAUUGAUUUUGGUUUCGAACUUUAGGGUUUUCUUCCAUCGCAAAUGUAAAAGGCUUCGCUGAUAAUUGUUGUGGGUAUUUGGUCGGCUGUAAUCGUAUUUGUUCAUGAGUUCAAGGUGCUUGAAUUUAGUUUCAGAGUGCUUUCUCUUUAUGCUUUCGUAUUUCUUCAGAUUUUCCUGGGAAUUUAUUUGUUUCUUGUUGGAUUGGUGGGAGUCGUUGAAGAUUAGGGAGGAGUUUCGGGAAGAACUGCGAUCUAGAAUGGCUAGCAGCUGGAAAAGAUCAUUGGGGAAUGUCAGGUCCCUCAUCGGCAAUUCGAUGGGCGGUCUCAGAGGCGGUGCCAAUCUUGCUUCUUGGGUCGUUGCCGGAACCCUCGCCUACUUCCUUUGGGUCAAGCCCUCCCAAGACCUCAAACGUGAGCAGCAGGAAAGGGCUGCUCUUGCAGCUGUGGAUCCUCAUGGGUAUAUUGAGAAGAGGAAACCUAUUCCCGAUCCCCAGGAAACUGGUUCGAUAUACGGCAACAAGAAUACGCCUCGAAAACCAGAGGAAUAAUCUAUGGAGGAGAGUGAAAACUUUAGAGCGAUGGAAUUUUGAUUGAGCUUGUCACAGAUUGGAGGGAGCCUAGAACUAUGAAGGUUAGAAGGUGAUAGAUGAGGAAUGUGUGUGUAGUUCAGUAAAGAGCUGUGGUCAAAUCACUUGAAGGUUGAAAAGGUUCUGUAUUUUUUGUUUUUGUCGUUUUCUUUGUUACCCGAACUACCCAACCGAUUGGAUAUUUUUUUGUUCGGAUUGGGUUGGAUUGUAUUUUUGUAGAACCUAAAUUUUGGUUCAGUUCACAAGUUCGAUUUUUUUUAGUCAUU